CCUUUCUUUUGGGUUAAGUCAGUAAAGCAACUCAAAAGGGCUUAAAACUUAAAAUACCCUAGAAACACAGAGAAGUCUUAAAACCCUAGAGAAACUGAGAAAUCAAAAUGAAUAAUCACUUAGCAGCAGCUGAAGAAAGAUUAGUUUCAGAAAGAUUGAAACAGAAGUUGAAUUAUGUAAAUACUGCAGCUCAAAAUCAACUCUCUUGUGUAACUGAUCAUGUCAAUUUCACUCUUCAGCAAGGGUACUUCAAAUGUGCUUAUGAGUGCUUUGAUAGGAGAAGAAAAUAUGAGGAGAUUUCGAAUUGUGUCGAAAAUUGCAGUAUUCCAGUUAUGAAUGCUAAUCAAUUGGUUGAGACUGAGAUGGCUAAAUUUCAAGAAAUGAUGAAUAGAUCUCUCAUGGUGUGCCAAGAUAAGUUUGAGCAAGCAAAGCUCCAGCAGAUCAAGACGGGAGCCAUAAACGAAAUGGAGUCAUGCGUUGAUCGAGCAAUCCAAGAUAGCGUGAAACUCUUGCCACACGUUGUAGAUCGGUUGAAGACCACCCUUAACAUUAGCAGAAACUAAAUUUGGUUGUGGGGUGUUUGAACUCUGAGGUCUUCAAUUUUGUUUUCAUCUCAGCAUCAUUAUUUUGUUGAAAAGAUGACUUCCGGUGAGAAGAGAUAUCCAAAGUAUCAGUUCGGAGAAUAAAAAGACAUCAUCUUAACCAUAUCAUGUUAUUUUUGGUUUGUUGGAAUUUUAAGUCCAACAAGCGUUUAUCACACCUCUUCUUUCUGGAUGAUUCGAGGGUUACAAAGAAGUUUUUAUUAUCAAAUUUCUUGCAGUAUAUUCGAUUUAUAUUUCAA